UACGAAUCUCGUGUACAGGGUACAGGUUUGCAAGAAUCGCCCUUUCAGUCGCGCCUCCGGUGACGCUCUCACAAAAUCGAAAACCUACUGUCAUCCUGAGUAAAGCGGAAUCAAGCAGAUGCUCUUGGUUCUGGCAAUCUCUUCUUUAACACGAGCUCGCCACUCCAUUAGCAUCGUCUUUCAGAUACCAGACACGCUUCUCUGAAACAAUCGAUCAAAUUCAAUUGUUGACUCCCUCGCCUGAGUCCAUUGGAGGCCAAUAUCAGGCUUUCAUCGUCCUAUGGAACCAUGGCGACUCUGGUCAACUACGACUUGUCUACUUUCACAAAGCCAAGGCCCAACAAGCGCCGACUACAAGAGUUACAACACUCUGAGGCUAGGGCGCAUGCCGCCCGUGUGGCAUACUGGCGCAAAAGACAACUUCCUCCGACUGCCGCGCCCGAGCAAGCGCACGUCGAAUCGGACCACCAGGACGCUUCGCCUGAUGCAUCCUCUGCUUCGGACAACGUUUCGAAAAAGCGCACGAGUCAGGAUAUCCAGGAGGAAUCAUUCGUUCAAGAGGAUCCUGUUAUCGGCGAACAGCCUAAAAUCGCGCUUAUAUUCGUUAACGAAUAUAGCAAUACAUUUGGACGCGAAUCUGUAACAAGCAGCAACUCAGAAUCACUAGCAAUUUGCCCACAACAGAGAAAGUCAUCGAGCGGGAGUCAUUGGCAGUCGGACUCAGGAAGUGAUUUGUGCCCAGGGAGCAAUGGCAUGGAGACUCGGCUGGACGUUAAGACGCUCUCCGAUAUGAGGCUUCCAAGACACCUCAAGUCUCCCCUAUUCGAUCCCCUCGACACUCUGCCAGUUCCGCAAGGCGAUGAUGUGAUUGCAGCGAUGGAGCAAUAUCUCCACGGUUGGGCACCCUCACAGAGACCUGGGUUAAAACACCAGACCAAAAACAAUCCCCUCAUUAGGGAUGUUUUCCAUUCGGCUUUACAGAACGUAGAACUCUUCGAAUCUAUAAUUGCACUCAUCACGAGCUUCAAAGCAGCAGGACAAAACUUCCAAGGGCGCCUGUCCAAUGUGUCCCUAUAUCACAAAGGUCAGGCACUGGCAGGCAUCAGAACAAAGUUGAGCUCAGGGCUGGUCGACGAAGCCGUUAUGCUGUCCACAGUAUUCCUCAUGAUCAUUGACAACGUUUUUGCAGAAUCUGAAGCCUACCGUGCGCACUUAGACGGCCUUCGAAGAAUGGAAAAGGCCAUUCCGACGUCUGUCGAAAUGCAUUAUGCUGGUGUCCUGCGAACUUUUGUAUCGUGGGCCGAAUCGAAUGCGUUGCUCUUGUUCGGGGACAGCGUCUCAUCGCAGAGUGCACCGACGACGAUGUGUGCAUUGAAUCAUUGGGAACGGCCAUCCUCAAAGACGGUGGCGAAGAUGAUUGCUGCCCUACCACCUGGAUUCAGGUCCAUUAGCGACCAGCUUUCGCCCCAGCUCAUUUCAGUGCUUGGGAAGACCGUCAAGUGGACGUCCUGCAUUGAUCGAGGGGUCGUCGACCGAUCCGACAGCGAUGAGGCUUUUUUAGCGGGCUUCGAUCCCCGGGCGAACAAUGCUGAAGCUAUGAGGCUAGCAUCCAGCCACGCAAUGUUGGAGAGGUCAAUUUCCAAAGCGCUUUUUCUUUGUCAUGCCAAUAUAUUGAAUUGGUCAUGUCGCUGUGCAGUCUACCAAAGCACAGUGCUAGACCUCGCUGACACCUUUCGGUCAGACAUGGUGGAGGAAGCCGGUUAUGAGGAGCUCUGGACUUGGCUGGCUCUGGUCACGGCCAAUGCAGCAAGACGAGGCAGACUGGAGCAAAUACAAAAUGGGAUCCUAUACAAACUCGCGGCGAGUCGAGACUGUCAAUGGGGAUCUAUCAGAGGGGUGCUGGCGAAGUUUUUGUGGCACAGCAAGUUGGAAAGGGAAUGGAAGCAGUGCUGGGAGAUGGUCAGAGCCACAGAAGAUUUGAAGAGAUGACAGGGCCCACAAUCCGACCGCACAUGAUACAGGGGUAUUUGGCCCAUUUUCUGUCAUAUCUAGCCCUUUGUAUACCUGAAUCAAGGU